AGAAGAAAUUCGUGAGAAGGUAGUUACAGAAACUGUUGAAACUAUUUCAAUACCUGAACAAAAACCUCAAAUAACAAUAGAAACUCCUCAACAAGAAGUUCAAUUAAAUGUAAAGAAAUGGCACGAAAUUUUCUCGGAUUUUUUCAUUAAGAUUGGAAUGAUCGAAACUAAUAGAGCUUUAUUAAUGGAAUUAAUUGUCUUAUCAACGAAUAAUGAAAAACAAAUUCCAAAUCAUAUUGAUUGGUUAUUGAAAGAAUUAACGGCAUUGAAAUCAAGAAUUGGUGAUUCUUCUUCUUCAGAGUCUGCUAAGAGAAAAAUUGAACCGGAAAAAAAUGGUGAAGGAAGUCUGGCAAAAAAAGUUCAAAUACUAAUGAAUCCACAAGAAGUUCAAAUCAGAACAACGAAUUCUGAGCUCGAGCAACGAAUUGAUAAUUUCAUACAAUUAAAGAAAUCAGAAAUAAAUAAUAGUAAUCGUGCCGAAUUUUUGAGGAAGUCAACUAAUCCUCUAGAUCCUAAUGAUGAACAAUCAUGCGCUCGGUCUGAUGCUGCCGAAAUAAAUCGAAAUAUACAAAUGAAACUUGAUGUAGUAAAUAAUGAAGAUGGACCUUUAGCUCGUUCGACAUUUACUUCAACUAAUCACAAUCGAAGCGAUUCUAUUAAAAGGUCUUUAGCCGAAUUACCCAGAGGUGUUGAGGAAAGAUUUCAAAACAUUGAAAAGCAUUUAGAUAUAGGUAAAUAAUAUUUUAAUUUGAAUUUUUUCAUUAUACAUUGUUUACGAACGAUUAAAAGCG